ACAGUUUGAACGGUCUGGAGCUGCCUCAGCCCCGUGUGCGGGAAUUUUUAUGUUUUUAUCCCCUAGACCGCGGAACUGUGGUCUGGAAUCGGGUGUCGGUACCUGGCAGUCCAGCUGUCCCCAGCCAUCCCUGUGUUUGCAGCAGUUCUCUUCCUAUUUGCCAUGGCCACGCUCCUGCGGACGAGCUUCAGUGAUCCUGGGGUGAUCCCGAGAGCCCUGCCUGAUGAGGCAGCCUUCAUCGAGAUGGAGAUUGAGGCCACCAACGGGACCGUGCCGCAGGGUCAGCGCCCACCCCCGCGGAUUAAAAACUUCCAGAUCAACAACCAGAUAGUGAAGCUGAAGUAUUGCUACACAUGUAAGAUCUUCCGCCCGCCCCGUGCCUCUCACUGCAGCAUCUGCGACAACUGUGUGGAGCGCUUCGACCAUCACUGUCCCUGGGUGGGCAACUGCGUGGGGAAGAGGAACUACCGCUAUUUCUACCUCUUCAUCCUCUCGCUCUCACUCCUCACCAUCUACAUCUUCACCUUCAACAUAGUCUACGUAGCACUGAAAUCUCUGAAGAUUGGGUUUCUGAACACAUUGAAGGAAACCCCAGGGACUGUACUGGAGGUGCUCAUCUGUUUCUUCACCCUGUGGUCGGUGGUGGGGUUAACCGGGUUCCACACCUUUCUGGUGGCACUGAAUCAGACAACCAACGAAGACAUUAAGGGGUCCUGGACUGGGAAGAACCGUGUGCAGAAUCCCUACAGCCAUGGCAACAUAGUGAAGAACUGCUGUGAGGUGCUCUGUGGGCCUCUGCCCCCCAGCGUCUUGGACAGACGGGGCAUCUUGCAGCAAGAGGAGAGCACAGCUCAGGAGGAGUCGUGCCCACGGGGGCCCAGCGCUCAAGAGCCCACCGCUGCUCAGGGCCCCGACGGGCAGGCAGAGGAGAGCAGCGCUCAGCAGAAGGAUGGCAGCCUUCCUCACCUGAGUGCCGUCCCUGCGCCAUCCCUGAGCAACGCUGAGAUGCCAGAGGAGAAGCAGCUAACGUCUGGGGAGCUCCCGGUCCCAUCCCAGGACGCUGGGCAAGCAGAGCACUAGCCUCUGCUUGAAAGGGAGAACUUUCUUGUUUUGUCUAAUCAAAGCUGGAAGUGAUUGAGGAGAGGAGGAGAUGGGCUGGAUGGCAGGCAAACGAUUCCUCAUGGCCAUUUUGCUUUAGUCAUUAUUCACCUCGAUGCGCAGGCGGUGCGGGCUGGCGCUGGCCUUGCAUGGUGUCAAAGGAUAACGAGCGUGAGUGGCCCGCCUUGGUCACCGAGGGGCACUCACCGCCACUGAGGCUGGUCUUCCCUGCAGGCCGAGGCAGGACCUCUUGCUCUGCAGGUUGUCCUGGAUGCUAAAUGCCGGCUCGGUGGCCGGGGCUGUCCCUCCGUCUGGCCCCAACUCUCUGACGAGACGACUUGUGGUCAAGCAGCUCAGAAGCGACGUUAGGGUCGGCCUGCUCCCUACCGCUGAGGAAUCCUGAUGGGAAGGGGAAAGCAAUUUAUGGCAGUAGCGUCCUCUCUCCCCUCCUCCCUCCUUCCUCUAAUCUGUGGCAUUGUUUUAUUGGUUAACGUGGCAGGGGUUGUCAGGAGACAUUUUGGUGCCAAAAGGGCCGAAACAACCGGGAAGGUGUUCUGCUGGCAA